AGGCGGGUCCAGAAAGAGCCGCGGGACGGGAGGGCGGGAGGCGGCCGGCGGGAGGGCCGGGGAGCGGACGGACGGACCAGGUGGGAGGCGGCCAGGGAGCUGGAGGAAGGCGAGAGGCCGAGCAGCCACAGCUCAUCGGCGAGCCAGGAGAAGGGCGAGGAGGACGGGAGAGAAGAGAGCGGCGCCAAAGGAAAGCAGCACAAGAAGGAGAAGAGGCCCGGCGGCCCGGAGCCGCCGGAGGACGAGCGGCGCGACAAGCAGCUGAAGACCACGUCAAAGAGGGGCGGAGACGGAAGGGAGGAGAGGAGCGGGGGAGAGGCGGACGGCCUCGGCUCGCUCGCCUCACCGUGACCUUCGCAGCACAAAUAAUGUUUCU